AUGGCGGAUGAUUUUGCAGAUAUGUUUACGUAUAGAGGAUCUUUAAGAGAAGAAGAUGUUAUAGAUAUAUCAGAUGAUGAAGAUGAUGAUGAAAUUGUAGAGACAUUUGAAAGUUUUGACAAUUCAAAAAAGAGAAAUAAACAGCCAAUAUACUCAACAACAAAAAAAUUUAAAAAAACAAAUGAUAGAAGUAUAACCUCUAGCAGUGGAAGUAAUGGCAGUAAUGGGAGUAAUACAUUAUCAAUUAGUAUAGAUGAUGAUGAUGAUUUCAAUUUUGUAAAUAGUAAUAAUAAUUAUAAUGUUAAUGAUAACAAUAAUAGUAAUAAUAGGAGCAAUAAUAAACAGGUAUUUUUAUUGGACGAUGAUGAAGAUGGUGGUGACAGUGAUAUUAAUGAAGAUUCCAAACCACUUGUAUAUACAAAAACAAAUUUACAAUCACUUUUAAAACAAACUUCUUCAAAUUUUAGUCAUAAAACGAAUACUACUGCAUCCAAUAAUAACAACAAUAGUUUUGAUACAAUAUAUUCUUCAUCACCAAACACAAGUGGCUCAAUUCCCACCCCAAAGAAAAAGAAUGACGGAAUACCUUUGGUAAUAAAAUUGGCAGGUGAAGCAAAUGAAAAAAUUAUAUUUUAUUAUGACACAGAGCUUCAAAAACUUUUAGAUUUAUAUUGUGGUAAAAAAAAUUUAGACUCAAAAACAGCUCAAUUCAAACUUUAUGGUUUACCCUUGGAUUCAAAAAAAACCCCAAGAGAUUUGGAUUUAUUGGACGAUGAUAUUUUAGAGGUCACAAUUAAAGCAUCAGAACCAGCAAUCCCAUUGGACUUUAAUAUAAACACAACUUCCACAACUACCACCACAACAGCUGCUCCAGUCGAUGACGAUAUACCAAAAGUUAUCUUAAAGGUUUCCUAUGAAAAACAACAGCAUAAAUUUAAAAUUGGAAAGUCUGAUCCAUUUUCAAAAUUAAUUUUGGUUUUAAUAAAAAAGAUUGGAAUAACAUUACCAGCAGAUAAAAAAAUUGUCCUAAGGUUUGAUGGUAUGGCAUUAAACCCAAGUUCCACACCAGAAGAUGAGGAUAUGGAGGACGAUUUCCUUAUUGAGGCAGUACUCAAAGACAAAUAA